CAUAGAGCUCUCCCAUAGAGCUGCAUCGAGGGGGCAUGUCGGCCAUCGCUUAGUGAAGAGGUCGACGUGCUCCUUUUAGAAGGAGAGCCGGGGCCCCGUACAGGAGAUUGUGGGGGGUCCCAGCUGAUGGAUCCCAGCUUAGGAUAGGGGAUACGUUUUUAUAUCUCUGAUUUUCAGACAAUGAACUAUGUGGGGCAGCUAGCGGGCUCCGUACUGGGCCGUGUGCGCGACCUCUAUAAGGGUGUGAAUCCAGCAACGUUGUCCGGUUCUAUAGAUGUGGUGGUGGUCCGCCAACCCGAUGGCUCCUUUCGAUCUUCACCCUUCCAUGUGCGAUUUGGGAAACUUGGUAUUCUGCGUUCAACUGAGAUGACUGUGGACAUAGAAGUGAAUGGAGAGCCUGUAGAUUUACCAAUGAGACUUGGAGAAAAUGGGGAAGCUUUCUUCAUAGAAGAUGGGGAGGAGAGUGAUGUGUCCAAUUCCCCAGACAUGUCUCCUCAUCUCUCUCAGGACACUUCCUCCCUUUAUGUUGGCAACGAAUUGCCUGAACCUUCCCCAGCUUUCCAUUCUCCGCUCCCCUUUGUCGAUACCCCCACCAGAAGGAAAAACUGGACCAAGAGAGUAAUGGCACACAGGGACGAAGUAGCGAACAAAUCCGAAGACACAAUGCUGCCUACAUGUGACUCCAUAUACUUCUCUUUCACUGAGAUCCCAGAUGAUCUCUUCCCAUCACAGUCUAUGGAUCUCCUCACCACGGCGGAAGAUGAUCUCUUGCCGUCCUCCACAAGCCGCUCACCCUCCCCUAAAAGUGACUCAGAGCUUGAAUUGAGGACGCCUGGCACACCUCACUCUGAGAGCUGCAUAGAGUGGGAUUGGGGAAGACUCCCGCAGGUUUCUCGGACAGAUUUGGUUCCUCAAAUAUCACAGUCUCUCCCACCCAGUCCAACCAGGGACCUUGAAACACUGGAACGCGCCUCACCAGAUCCUGGUUUUCCUGAUCCAACAGAAGACUGUAAUACUAGCCAGAGGGUCCCGGAAUCUGGGGAAACCUCCAUGCCGCCAUGUCACAAAGAUACAGUCAGUGAAACUUCUCCAUUGCACCCGGAUGAUGUUAUGUCCCCCGACUCUCAGGAAGUAUCGCUUUAUUUUCCGAACAGUGAUCCCCAUCCCCCACCUCCACCACUCCAUAAGAAGGAAGACUCAGAAGAGAUACCAGAAGACAACAUGGAACCAUCUAUACCUACUGUAGAAAUGUCACUCUGUGGGGGUCUCACAGAUACAUGGAACAUUCCUGAAGACAGGUUCCUCAAGUACCAGAUUUCGUUCUCAGAUUUCAGCCAAAACCCCUCACUCAUAGAAAACCCGAGACUGGUGUUGCGAAUACACAACAAGUUCUAUAACUGGACGACGGCCGCCCCAAUUCUUCUAUGCAUGCAAGCUUUCAACCAGAUGUUGCCACAGGGGGUGAUUGAUAAGAUUUCUCAGCAGAAGAUGCCUCCUCGAAGUCGAGGAUGGUGGUUUUCUUGGCGCAGAAGAAGCUUGCCUAACCAACCGCAGCCAGUAACAAACCCUAAGGAUUAUUUGGAGCAGAAUGAAGAUCCCACCACCGAGCGGCUGAACGAGAAGAUGGAUGAUGACAGGAAACCUUCCCUAAUUCCCAUUCAAGCUAAGCCAUGUCGGAAAUCCCUACGAUUGACAUCUGAGCAGAUAAAAAGCUUAAAUCUACAAAGUGGAGCAAAUGAAGUGGUGUUCAGUAUCUGCACGAAGUUUCAAGGCACAUGUCGCACCCGAGCACAGAUUUACCUAUGGGAAAGCACAGACCAAAUCAUUGUCAGCGACAUCGAUGGAACAGUGACGAGGUCAGAUGCCCUCGGUCAUAUCUUGCCACAGCUUGGAAAAGACUGGACACAGCCCGGGAUAGUGCAGCUCUACAAUGCCAUCUACAUGAAUGACUACAAGUUUGUGUACUGCUCUGCGCGCUCGGUGGGACUGGCAGAAAUUACGAAGACCUUCUUACAAGGUGUUAGUGAAGGCGGCUUCACUCUCCCACCAGGGCCUCUCCUUCUUUCUCCAACCAGUCUGUUUGCAGCGCUUCACAGGGAGGUUAUAGAGAAGACCCCAGAGCGCUUUAAGAUUGCUUGUCUCUCUGACAUUGGGCAACUCUUCACAGACUCUUAUCCUUUCUACGCUGCCUUUGGCAACAGACCGAAUGAUGUCCUAGCCUACAGGGAAGUGGGGGUUCCAGAAUCGCGGAUCUUCACUGUGAAUCCAAGGGGAGAAUUGACUCAGGAGCUGAACUCAAGCUUUAAAUCCUCGUAUGCGGCCCUCAGAGACUUGGUGAAUGUCAUGUUCCCCCCUCCAUCAUCCCAGUCGGUCUCAGCUUUAGUCUCUCAGGAGUUUAGUGACUUCUCCUUUUGGAGGGACCCGCUGACAAGUCUUAGCAAGGAAGACAUUGAGCACGUAUCCUAACAAGGAGCAUUCACCUGACGUCAAAUAAAAAGACUCCCUAAAACACCUUUUCCAUUUAUACGUGCAAUACAUUAUCUACACUACAGCACCUGUAGACUCCUAUCCCUUCUUCCCAGAAUUCCCAGUGGCGCACAAAUGGCCUAUAAGUCUCCACACUCCACACUCUGUGACAUUCUCCUCAAGGAGAAAAAUUACCCCUUUUGUCCAUCUUUUAUCCUCACGUUGUAUCUCAUCUGACGUUUCCUAUAACACACGGACACGGACUUGUACAAUAUAUGGAUUCAAAGGCUUUUAUUACUUCACAAACAGCUUUUCUCCUUGCCGGAGUCUGACAACGAACUUGGGUCGGAAUCCAUAAGAAACAACCGUACGCACCAUAAUAUUAACAAUCAGUAUCAACCAAAGUACAAAACAAAAUAAGUACAAUACAGCCUGAAUGUUCUCUCAUUGUAAAUUGCAUGGAAAAAUGAUAUACUACAUCUUACGAGCCCUCAGAUACAGGAUUAAUGCUGUCAGACGCAGACGGGAAGCUCCUUCUCCCUUCCAUGAGGUUAAGAGCUACUUGGAAUGUGACUUGAAGGAAGUGUUUAAAUUGGGGGUGUCAUGGGCUGCUGACAACCAGGGAAUGUCUGCUCUAUUUAUCCUGUCAGCGACCCUUGAGGAAGCUAGCCUGAGCGGCCCUGAUUUACAGGUCUAUGGGGUAAGAGAACCUACUGCCGGAGCACACGAACCCCUGCCCUCCUGCAAAAACAUCAUCGCUGACAUAAAUCCACAUUCUUCAGCAUGAGAAAUCUGAAAGCUGUAAAGUCUUCCCGCCAUGUAUACAUAGUAGAGGUAACCGGUUAGUGCAGUGUUUCCCAACCAGGGUGCCAACGGCUGUCCGGGCAUGCUGGGAGUUGUAGUUUCCCAACAGCUGGGGGCACCCUGGUUGGGAAACACUGGGUUAGUGUCUUACAACCCACAGUGCCAAGGAGGAAUGGGCACCAUGGCUGUGUAUAAUAUAGUUACACACGUGGAAUGUUUUUUAUUUCGUGGCAAAAAGUGGAGAGAGACAAUAACCAGCACGAGCGGGUAUAUUGGCAUUGGGCAUUUUCUCUGCCACCGAAUGGACCUUCUGGAUCAUAGCAUGGAGAUAAGGCCAGUUUUUUUUGACAUUCCUGCUAAAUGAUGCCCAUUAAUAAGUUGUCCUUGUCAUUUUAAAAAACAAAAGAAAAAAACAAUUGACCUGUCGGGGUCUGGGUGUUCGGACUCCCACCAAUUGCUAGAACGAGCCAUGAAAAGCCUGCAGCUUACUGCUCCUCUCGAGAUGCGUUUUUAGGGUAAAUCUAUGGCACCCAUCUUCUGCAGUGAGAAAGAGAGAGAAGCGAUUAGCUGUGCGCUUCUCCCAGCUUGUUCUAGUGGGGGUCUGAACACUUAUGUAACAUGUGAAACAUUUAUUUAAAUGACAAGAACCCAUUACGUUUUAAACUUUGAAUUGCACUAGUGUCUACAAGAGUUGUUUUAUAUUCAUGGGCCAAUGUGGCUCAACUGGGCACUGUCACUUGAAAAAACUUUUCAAUACAUCGUAGAGAUACGUCAAAGGGUUUGAUUGGUUGGGUCCGGGUGUUCAGACCCCCGUUGAUCACUAAGCAAGUUCUCUCCAAGCCCAUUCUUCCAUAGUACCAUCUCUUUCUGUCAGCUACAACCUCUUCCCCAUUAAAUGAUCGUUUGGAAUCUGAACACCCAGAGUUGUGUUAAGUGUAUGGCCCAAUGUGACUCAAUUGGGCACUGCCACUUGAAAAAAAAUUCAACAUGCUGUAAAGAUAUGUCAAAAGAGAUUGAUUGGUUGGGUCAUGGUGUUCAGACCCUCACUGAUCGGUAAGUGCAUGCUAAGCAUGUUCUCUCCCAACUCUGUCUUCUUUGGUACCAUCUCUUUGCCAGUCACACUUCUCCUCCCCACCCUUCCCCGUUUUAGCGAUCGUUGGAACCCAUACUGAUCAAAAUGUCUCUACCACGUGUCAUGAGUUUUUCAAGUGACAGGCACACUUUAAAUACAAGAAAAGUGGUAGCCGGGUCAUUCCAGAACAGUUGCGUCAUGGUCCAUGUUGUACAAGAGUAAAGAUGGGUUCACACUACAGUCCGGUGCCUCCAUUACAGAUCCAUCCAAAAUGCUGUGCUAUUUUGUCUGGUGAAAUGCUGGAAACCCGACUGUACCCUUUAAAGUCAAUGGGGGCUGUUGGGGUCUGGUGUGCAUUGGAUUUGCUCGUGCCCCAAUAAUGGAGCAGAACAAUGGUAGAGUCAACCCAACCUGGCCCGGCACAACUUUCUAUUGUUACAUUCAUAAAGUGCACCCAGUUGUCAUAUACAUGAUCCAAUAGAUUUUAUUUUUGAAUGUUCUUUACUUGUGUUUAGCGCAUCUGAAGUAUAAAAAUAAACUAAUAAUUAUAGACAUUUAUGAAGAUCAGAUUAAAUUGUAAAUGUUGCUUAUGGAAACUUGACAUGAUAUUUGUGAUAACAUUGAAACAGGACAAUCUAAAGCAGUGGUCUCCAAACUGUUGUAAUAUAUAGUCAAUUUGACAUAUUGACUAUAUGGACCAUAGAGGGAUGGCGCAUAUAUACUUGCCAAUAAUGCUCUAUAUUAUAGAACUGGCUAUUGUGGUUAAAUACCAGCUGGAGAGCCAAACCUACACCAAAUACCCCCAGUGUAGGUUAGGGGUCAAUCAAUCACAAAACACCAGACCACGGGGGUCAACAACAAAAAACAAACCCUAUGAAUGUCAACCGGAAAGCCAGAUAUUCUUCCACUUUAGAUAUAAUUAGCAGACAUUAAAUGGGUACUCCGCUGGAAAACGUUUUUUUUUUAAUCAACUGAUGCCAGAAAGU